AUGGCGGACGGGGACAGCGGCAGCGAGCGCGGCGGCAGCGGCAGCGGCAGCGGCGGGUUCGCGGCCGCCCGCGGCGGGUCCGGCUCCGGCGGCGGCUCCGGCGGCGGCGGCGGGGCCGGCCCGGAGCAGGAGACGCAGGAGCUGGCCUCGAAGCGGCUGGACAUCCAGAACAAGCGCUUCUACCUGGACGUGAAGCAGAACGCCAAGGGCCGCUUCCUCAAGAUCGCCGAGGUGGGGGCGGGCGGCUCCAAGAGCCGCCUCACGCUCUCCAUGGCGGUGGCCGCCGAGUUCCGCGACUACCUGGGCGACUUCAUCGAGCACUACGCCCAGCUCGGGCCCUCCAGCCCCGAGCAGCUGGCCCAGGCCGCAGGCCCCCCCGGCGAGGACGGCGCCGGCCCCGGCCCCCGCCGCGCCCUCAAGAGCGAGUUCCUGGUGCGGGAGAACCGCAAGUACUACCUGGACCUGAAGGAGAACCAGCGCGGGCGCUUCCUCCGCAUCCGCCAGACCGUCAACCGCGGCCCCGGCGGCCCGGGGGGGUUCCCGGGCGGCCCCCCGGGGCUGCAGAGCGGCCAAACCAUCGCCCUGCCCGCCCAGGGCCUGAUCGAGUUCCGCGAUGCCUUGGCCAAGCUGAUCGACGACUACGGGGGCGAGGAGGACGAGCUGGGCGGCCCCGGCGGCGGGGGGCCGGGCGGCGGGGGGCUCUACGGGGAGCUGCCCGAGGGCACUUCCAUCACCGUGGACUCCAAGCGCUUCUUCUUCGACGUGGGCUGCAACAAGUACGGCGUCUUCCUGCGGGUGAGCGAGGUGAAGCCGUCCUACCGUAACGCCAUCACCGUCCCCUACAAGGCCUGGGCCAAGUUCGGCGGCGCCUUCUGCCGCUACGCCGAGGAGAUGCGCGACAUCCAGGACCGUCAGCGGGACAAGCUCUACGACCGACGCGCCGGCCCGCCGGGCCCCGGCAGCGGCAGCGGCGCUGGCGACGACUCCGACGGUGACGACGUGGACGACGACUGAGCCUCCCCUGCCCUCAGCCCCGCUGCCGGCCCCCCCUGCCUUCCCCGCAUCCCCCCCCCCCCACUUCCCAAACACCCCCCUCACCCCCCCAGCGAUGGGGCAAAGGGGUCCCCAGCCGUGUGUCUGUCCCCCGCCCCCCCCCCCCCCAAUAUCACCCCCCCCUCAGCCGCCGGAGAGAGAGAGAGAAACCAGCCCAACCGUGACACCGACUGCCUCCCUCCCUCCCACGCCGGGACGAGCCGCCAGCGUCCCCCCCCCCCGAGGACUCGCUGCUUUUUGGGGGGAUCGGGGAGGGGGACAACGACGAUGACACCGCCUGGAUCCUCUCUUCUCUCCUGUGCCGACACGGUGCCCCCCCCCCCGCUCUCAGCACCACCAUCGAAACCAGCACCCUGGAGCCCACGCCGCGCGGAGAGGAGCUGCUGCCACGCGCAGGAAAGCUUCGCCGGUGGAAGAGGAGCUGGGCCGGGGGGGGGAGAGCGACGGAGCUUUUGGGAGCGAGAGCUGGGGCGGGGGGGCCGCAUCUGGACCAACGUCCAUUCUCUCCUCUUUAUCCCUUUAUUUCCCCCCCCCCUUUUUUUUUUUUUUUUCCUUUUUCCUCCCCUUUCCAGACUUUUUUUUUUUUUUUUUUUCCCGGUUUGUUUUUUUUUUUUUUUUUGGGAUGCAAACUGCUAAAACUCCAGGCGCCUGAACUGGAACCUGCACCCGAGCCAGCGCAAAGCUGUCAGGUUCCUGAAAAUUAAGGCAGACUUUCUCGGUUUUGAUGAUUUAUUACUAUUCUGCCCGGCGCUUCCCUCCCCCGCCCCUUUUUUCCCUCUGACCACGGGGGGGGGGGGGUCACAGAGAGAGGCAGGUUCGCGCAGGCACAAAGCACAAGGAAAGCUCGACGGGACGCAAGAUCUUCCCCUUCUCUCCAAAUAAGGCGGCGUCUGGCUCCGUCCCGGCAAGGCCUGGCCACGUUUCCUUCCCGUUUACCGGUUCCCCGGCACCGCCGCCGGGACCCUCGGGAGCCAAAAUCAGCCCCUUCCCCUCUUCGCCUGGAUUUUAUUUUUCUUUAGCAAAACCAACUCGCCGCCUUUCCUCAGUACCUCACGCCGGCGGCGGCGGCAGCUUGGUAGCACCGGUGGGACUCCGCACCCUGGCAGCUGGGGCCUUCAGUGUUGGGGUUUUGGGGGGGUUUUUCCUUUUUUUUUUUUUCGUUUUGGGUUGGUUUUCUUCUUUUUUUUCUUUUCUUUUUUUUUUUUUUUUUACCACCUGGCCGUACCAGCAGGGACUGGCUCUGCUGCCUCGGCCAGUUGCACCAGAGCCUGCAGGGUCCCUCCAGCCACCACCUCUUGUAUUAAAUGGAUUUUUCCACUCUCAAAUGUUUUUUUUUUGUUUGUUUGUUUGGUUUUUUUUUUGUUUUGGUUUGUUUUUUUUUUCCCCUUUUUUUUUUUUUUUUUUAGCUAAAUCGAGUCAAUCUUGCCCUUUCCAGAAAGGUAUUUUUUUAGCCACGUUAUCCCAGGAACUCUGAACUGAAUGGGGUUCAUCGCUCUUCAUUCCAAAGUUUCGGGUCUUCUUGUCCGACGGCUUCUCCGGUUUUAGGACUUUUUUUUUUUUUUUUUUUUUAAAUUAAUUUUUUCUGCUAUUUUUUGGGAGCUUGCGCGCGCCCGCCCUCCAGUCUCAGCUGCCUCCUUAAUUUAUUGUUGCGGAUCCCGGCAUCUCCCUCUCUCCGCUCGCUCUGUAUUUAUUGGGCAGCAAGGAGCAGCCGGCAGCGACUCGUCUUCGCAAGGUGGGGGGGGGGGGACGGGACGCCAACUCCAGCCCCCUCCUCACCCCAAAACCCAGCAGAGCCCCGGGGGACGUCGUCUGUCCAUCCGUCCGUCUGUCCUCCAAACCCCAUCCCGCCCUUCCCCGCCUCCGUAGCUCUUUUUAAAGGGAUUUUUAAGGCGAAUUUCUUCCGUUUAUCCCGUUUUUAAUUCUUCUCCGUCGCAAAGGACUGGGUUUCCUCACUCACACGGGAGCAAUAGUCUUUUAUCUCGAUGUCCGAACCGUGUCCGUACUGUAUUUUGUACCCUAAGGCAGCUCUUUCCAGUGACGUCCUGCUGUAUUCA